AUGCCAGAACCUCUGCUCACGUCGAUUGUCGCUGGAAGCACGGCAGCCGUGUUCCAGACAACAGUAUCGUAUCCGUUUGAGUUUCUCAAAACGGGACUGCAAUUGCACCGGUCGUUGCCGGGCAUGCCACCUUUCCAAAUGAUGCACCAGAUAAAAACCUAUUUCGCAGGUUGCGCUGCUCUCAACGUUGGCACAUUACUGAAAACAGCCACAAGGUUCACCACGUUCGAAAGCGCUUGCGAGCUGCUUCGUGACAAAGAAAAUACGUCGCAACCGAUCAGUGGGCCGCGUUUACUGGCAGCCGGUGUCAUCACAGGGUUCAUGGAAUCAAUUCUAGUGAUUCCGUUCGAAAACAUCAAAACAACAAUGAUCGAAAACGCUCUGAGGUCCCAGCCUGCAGAAAUACCUUCGAAGACCGCAAAAGACACAAGGCCAACGUUCCAUGCCGCCAAGCAGCCCUCUCUACACCCACGCCAAAAAUGGUUCUUGCAUUACGAAUCUCACCCAUCCACGCACUUUUUCUCUACCAUCCAGGAAAUUUACCGCACAAGAGGCAUACGCGGAUUUGCCCAGGGCUCUGUAUGUACCAUAAUUCGCCAAACUUCCAAUUCCGCCGUCCGUUUCACCACUUACACUGCGCUCAAACAACUGAUAUCGCCUACCAAACCGCUCAACGAGUACUACGCGUUUGCCUUGGGAGUUGCUUCUUCCUGCGCAGUCGUUGCCGUCACACAGCCUAUUGAUGUGGUUAAGACUCGCAUGCAAUCAAAGUACGCAUGGCGUCACUACAAAAACUCUCUCAACUGUGCAUACAGAACCUUUGUCGAAGAAGGCAUCACAAAGCUUUGGAAGGGCUGGGCACCGAGGCUCGUUAAAGUAGGCCUCUCCGGCGGUGUUUCUUUCGGCGUGUUUCAGUACGUUGAAAACCUCAUGAACUCAAUGGACAAAGCAGCUAGCAUGGGUCACAACUAA